CAAAAUCAAUUAACACAUAAACGAUAAAUUGUUAAAAAACCGAAAGAUAGGGGAAAUAAUUAGAAAUAUUUUGAGAUUAUUGCAUUUUACCGGCGGGGCGCCAAAAGAGCGAAAACAACAACAAUACGAAGCAAAAAAUUAAAAACAAAUAAGUGGAAUUAAUUAAAAAUGGAAACGGCAUUAACAAAUGGAAAUGCCAAUGCAACAACAGAAGAAGCAGCCGCAGCAGAAACUCAAGGAGCAACAAAUGUGGCUUCGGACGCUGUCGGUGGGAUUAUAGAAUACCUGGAAGAGGGCGAAGCCAGUGCCGAAGAUGAGCCAAUGGGCGAAGUGGAAUAUUUAGAGGAUGAAAUCCCUGAAGAGGAAGUUCCUCGUCUUAUCAAUGAGACUAAUAAGGAGAUUAGUAGUAAAAAUACGAAAGACGAUAAAACUGAUGCCAAGGGGAAGUCAACUGUCACCGAGAGUGAUAAACCUGUGGAGUCAACUGACGGUGAAGCGUUGGAGGAAUCAACUCAAGAACAACCUGUAGAGACUACCAAGGAGAAAGAAAUUACUACCGAAGAGGAUGAAGAGAAUCACGAGGACGAUGCCGAUGCCGAGGAGAAUGCCGAAGAGGCAGAAGAUGGUGAGGAGGGUGAGGAGGAAGAGCAGCAGCAGGAUGAAGAGGGAGACGAGGCCGAGGACGAAGCAGAUGAAGAAGCAGAAUUGAUUCUAGGUGAUGAACCCACAGCCAAGGAUGAUAAUCAACCUUCACCAGAAUCAAAAUCUGCCACCGAAACGAAGCAAAAGAAAGAAGAAGAGCCCGUCGAUGAGAAUCAAUGUCGUGUAUGCACCACAAAAGAUACCGAGCAGCUGGUCAGUUUGUUUAAGAAAUCAUUGAUACCACCGGCAACCCAGACGCCCGCUGAGCUCCUGCUAGUCAUUUGUCCCAACCUAAGCAUAGCUCUAAAAGAUUUUAUGCCCCAAUUCAUAUGCCGCCAUUGUUUGGCUACCCUCAAUAUGGCUAUCAAACUGAAGACCCAACUGGAGACUACGGAAAAAGAUCUGCGCAAGCGUUUAUCGCGUAGUAAAAACAAAGUACGACGUCCCCGUGGCUAUGUCGUCAUCGAUGCUCCAGUCUCGAGUUCAGCCAGCGAUGAGGAGGAAGAAGAUGAUGUGGAAUUUAAAGUAUCGGAUGUGGCCAAUUCGAGUAGUGCCGAUAGUGAUUCCGCCGAUUCGGAUAUCAGCGAGAAACGGAAACGAGCACCAGGUCGCCCGGGAAGACCUAAAAAAAGGCAGGCCGACGAUGAUGCUGGAAGCGGUGGCAGUGUGGGAAAAAAGAAAAAUCUCGGCUCCUCACAGGGACCCUUUGAAUGUGAUUUCUGUGAUAUGAGUUUUCCCCGUAAGCAAUCUUGGGUUUUGCAUCGUAAAACCCAUAUAUCCCAUCGCAAUGAGUUCUAUUGCCAGAUAUGCAAUAAACGUUUCAAGGUCCAGAAGGCAUAUAAAACUCACAUGGAACGUCAUGAUCAGGAGCGUUCGCAAUUCCGUUGUGAACUCUGUUCGCAGAUAUUCAAAAUGCGUUCCGAAUUGAAACGUCACAUGGCCAUAAAACAUGAUGAACAUGGUGUCAUCUAUGAGUGUAAACGUUGUCAACGCACUUUCCUAACCCAGCAACGUUUGCAGCGUCAUCAGAGUACUAUGUGUACACGAUAUCCACCCCAAGAGAGUAAAUCGACUAACCAAUAUUAUCAUGAGCAGCAACAACAACAACAACGCCAUCAUCAACAGCAACAACAGAAACAUCACUAUCAACAACAAGCGCACAGUAAACGGGGUGAGAACACUUCCUCCCAGGGCAGAGAUCUAUUCAAAUCGGUGGCCCCAUUGACAACAACCUAUUGGAGCGAUAGUUUCUCGGAUUAAAAAUCACACAUUCACACAAUUUGCAUCAUUUAUACAUUAAAUAAUUGUAAUGAAAUAAACAAAA